AUGCAUAGGAUAUCACCGAAUAAGAAAAGGUUCAGAAGAACAAAUAGUAUUAAUAGAGCGAUUAAAUCAGCAAAUAAUGAUAGCGGGAAUAUUUUACCAUUAUCGCCACCUCCAUCAUCUAUUAAGAAGUUGGAAACCAAGAAAAAAGUAAUAAAGCGUACUAAUAACGAUAAUAGUUCCCCUAGUAAAAGAACGAGAAGUAAAGAUGGUACUAUUGCUUCCGCUCUUAGAAAAAAAACAGAAUCACCUAAAUCGACAAACAACUCCCUAUUGAAGACUGAGGAUGAAGAUACUAAUGGUGCGCAUGACCUAAGAACGAGUUUAAAUAAAAGUCUACCUGAAUCUGAGAGCUCCAGUCCUCUUAAAAAUAAUACUGCCAAGAAACAUUUAUUUGAAGAUUUGUUGAAAAUUCAACAAAGCAUCAAUACGGAGACUGGUAAAUUUUUACCCAAUCAUAUGCAUAAAAGAAAACCUAAGCUAAAAUAUAGACCAGCAUUGAAUGAAGUAUUCUACAUUGAUGAAUAUGUUAAUAACAAAUCAAACUCAGCAGUAGAUACCGAAACAGGACAUUUUGCUGAUGAUAAUAGUAAAAAAGCAUAUUUUUUAAAAUAUGCUCUAGUGCAUUCUAAGAAAGUGAUUAUUAUUUCUGGCGCUGGUAUUUCCGUUGGGGCUGGUAUUCCUGAUUUCCGUUCAUCGAGUGGGUUAUUUAAUGUGCUUAAAAAGGAAAAUAAGGUUUCCAGUGGUAAAGAUUUGUUUGAUUUCAAUCACGUCUACAGUACUGACAUUGAAACAUGUAAAUUUAAUAAAAUGGUUUGCGAAAUGCAUUACGCUACCAAAAUGACUAAACCUACGUAUUUUCAUAAAAUGUUGGACUGGAUGUCUUAUCAGAACAGAUUAAAAAGAGUUUACACACAAAAUAUAGAUGGACUAGAAGUUAGAUUACCAAAUUUAGAUACUCAAACACCAUUAAAUGGUAAAAAACCAUAUCCUACUGUCAUUCAACUUCAUGGAAGUGUAAAUCAUAUGUCAUGUUGUAAGUGCAAUAACAUUUAUGAUUUUGACCCAACUUUAUUUAAAACACAAACAUCUACCUUGGAACAAAAUAAAAAUAGCAUUGAUAAUAGUACUGUUAUCUCUCAGAGUAAAAAAUCAAUUGAUAAUAUUAGCAUGAAAGAAGAUGUGGAUAUACCUGAUACAUCGGUAUCCGACAAAAAAAAUAAUACUACCCAAGUUGUUCCGUUGUGUCCAAGCUGUAAAGAAAUAGAAGUUGUGAGGCAAAUAGCCGGGAAAAGAGCACAGGGCAUUGGAAAAUUGAGACCAAGGGUAGUGCUAUAUAAUGAAUUCCAUCCUGAUGGGGAAAAGAUUGGAGAUAUAGUAGCACAAGACUUGAAUUCCAAGCCAGAUUGUCUAAUUAUUGUUGGCACUACAUUAAAAAUACCUGGUGUAAGAAGAAUGUGUAAAGAAUUUGCCAAAACUAUACAUUCAAGAAAUGGGAUAGUAAUUUGGAUAAAUAACGAAGUUCCAUCGCGAUCUCUUCAGGAUUUUUUAGAAUGCAUUGACUUAAUUGUUGUAGGAGAUUGUCAGACCUUACCACUUAUAUUGUAA